AUGGUGGAGUCUCUCGUCCGGGUGCGCGAAGAGUCACGACGGCUCCAGAGGAUAUUGUCUCCCACAGCUUGUCGAGGAUGUCGAUCGUUGAAAAUUCGAUGCUCUCGAGAAUCUCCAACCUGUUCUCGGUGUCAGAAAAAAAGGAUUCUAUGUGUAUAUCCAGAGCCACCAAAUCGAAGGUUGCUUGCAGCCCGGCGAAAUGGGGUCAGCAUUCCCCUGCAGCAGUUCGACAGGCCGAGUCCUCAGAGGCAAGAAGCAUCCCGUGCAUCCGAGCUCGACAGAGUGUCUCACACAUCGAAUCCGGCCGCAGACGACAUGGUCUUUACUGAGAUGCUGCUGGGGCGCCAGUCCCCGCCAGGAGCAAAUCCAUUUUCAUUGUCCUUAGGUUUAUUUUCUGGGUCCCCACAUCGUAGGAACUCUGACUUGGACCUUAUACUACCUAUAGAUGAAAACAAUCGAACGGUGUCUUCCUUUAUCGGCAGUCCAUCAAGCCACAUUACAUCAGAAGAUCUACGGAGCUUGCCAGAACGAGAGAUUGGCCUUUUGUUGAUUGAAGUUUACUUUUCCAGAGUUUUCUCAGCUUCGUUGCUCUAUGACCACAAAGCCUUUGUGGAGUGUUAUUGCGCUGGUACGCUCCCGAAGCAUACCUUGUUAAGCACUUUUGCGGUGUCGUCACUAUUCUUACGUACUUCUCCUGCUGAAACAUGUGGGAAAAGGUCAUCCAUUGGUGAACUUGAAUCAGUGGGGAAACGUGGUCGUGAGUGGGCACAAUGGGCAAGUGAGCUAGUCCUGGCUCAUUCUGACACACCAACCCUCGCUCAAGUUUGCUCCUGCGACGUGCUCAGUCUUUAUUGGUUUGCUUUGGGCGAGACCGAGCGGUCUAUUUUACAUGCCACUGUGUCACAAUCGUCAUUCUAUCUUCUUGACCGCAAGGCAAAGCUAGGUAACACUUUUUCUGACUUCCAGAGCCCUCGAGCCAUUUCGAAGGAUCGUGUGCGCUGGGCAUGUUUUGUUAAGAGUUGUAUCAGUGAAAUGGUGCCGGAUUGCCAUUCCUUUGAUUUAGACACUGAGUCGAUUAUUACAAGAGGACCUUCACAGACAGACCGGCCCGAUCCAAUCUCCUUAGCGCCUUCAUCCCCUUCUCUUGGUGGUUAUGUCGACUGGUUGGUCUGGGAUGAGACCUUUUCACAGACUAGUGUUAUAUACAUGCUUGAAGUCCUUCGACUUUGGCGUAAUGUCAAAGAAUUCGUCCGAAAACUUGAAAAGUCAACUUAUCAAUCGUGUCUGAGUACUUUCUUUGAACUUGACAGCAAUCUGCAACAUUUUUACUCGUCCCUUCCAAGUGAAUUUAAAGAUGACAAUUUGAUGGACGAAACACGCUCCGAACCUUUACAGCGUAAUGCCUUUUUCAUCCUUUCGAUGUAUCACCUCUGCCUAAUUUUUCUCCAUUCCUCUAUGGUACCAGCUUUGUCACUUUCCACGGCAGGCCAUGCGACUCCUCCUACUAUCGUGAAGAUCUCAUCAAAAACAGCAACAUCUCAUGCCGAAUAUUUUGCUAAAAUGACAUGUGGAUAUCUGAACACCACACCUGACAUGGCAAAAGUUCCAUCUUUUGUGGGAUACUGUGCUUUUGUGGCUGGCAUGGUCCUCUCCGCAGUCAUGGCCUUCACUGGCCUGGAGAAGGGACAAGGAAUUCGGCGGGAUGGCGCUAUAUGCACGCUGUUAUUAUGGGAGCUCAAGGUUUAUUGGCCUACUUUGCAAUUUUUCUAUCAAGACCUGGAAUCACAUUUUUGUUUAUCUGAAAUCGGACAUUCUUCUCUUCUGAAUAAAGCCUUGAAUGAUUUACGGGAUCAGGAUUCGCCUAGAGAGACCCAGAUGGAAGACUCUAGUUUUGAAGCUUUUAUUGCAGCAUCAUGCGAUCUAGCAUAUUCGCCCAAGUGCGAAUUCAUUCAUCGGCCGUACUCUGACGACCAUUUGGAACACUCCAGCACAGCUGGUACUUCUCCAGAGGGAGACCAAAUGCAUGAUGAUAACGGUGGUCGGAACCCACCAAGCAAUAUUGACCCUCAAAUGCGGUAUAUUGAUGCUAUCAAUGUUGGUUCGUCGGGAGACGAAAUCCCACCAAACUUUGACUUUUCAACUCCAAGUUGGAGCAAUAUUUUCAUUCCCCCAGGCAGUGAACUCUUCGACAAAGAUUAA